AUGUCGUCAAACUCACCCCAGCAACCGAGCAACAAAAUUGCCGCAGUCCUUCAUCUCCUCUCGCGGGUCAAAGACCCUAACACCGAUCCCAAUGAUCGCGCCAAUGCCUGGGAGGCGAUCAAUAGGUACCUCUUUUCGGGGACUCCUCCCGCUGUCUGGCAAAAUUUCCCGUUAAUCACCCGUGGCGACUCUAUUUUCACCAAAAUAGACUUUCUUCAGGAAGUCCUGGACUACGAAGCCGAGAAGAACGCAUCCACGCCGGUCGAUGAUGAAGACUACAGUGGAUGGGAUACCUAUACAUUUGACGGGAAAGCUGUUGAAAGCGCCGAUUUCAAACGUGAGAUCAAAAACUACAAUUAUAAGAAUCUAACCUGGAGUGAUAAAGAGCCGGCCACAAUGCUUAGAAGGCAAUAUGUGACCGCCUCAUUGAAUAAAGUACUCCAGGAGUGGGUGGAGCGGAGAAAAGUGAUGGAUACGAUUUAUAGUGAGUGGAUGAGCACAAGAGAGGAUGUAUAG